AUGGGAGACAGUGAUAAACAACCACAACCACAACCCCAUGUAGUAGUAGUACUACCAAUAGAUGUUCCAGUCACCAAAACUCAAUCAAAUUGCAAGUCUCAAAUCCAUAUCCAAUCUUUAUCAUCUUCUAUUCUGUCACAACUUCAUGCAGGGUACUUUAGGAUUAGUCUUUCUCUCACAAGCCAAGCCUUAUUAUGGAAGAACCUUAUUGAGCCAAUCCAAGAUGCACAUGCUCUUAGACGUGUAUUUUCAUUGAUACCCUCCACGGCUUUCACUCUUUUGUGGUGGCUGGCCUUAUUAACACUAGUCACACUCUCUUUUCUCUAUGUUCUAAGAUGUUUCUUUCACUUUAACAUGGUUAAGGAUGAGUUCUUAAACCAUGUAGGAGUAAAUUACUUGUUUGCUCCAUGGAUUUCUUGGCUAUUUUUACUAGAAUCAUCACCAUUCUUUCCCCCAACAACACUCUAUUACAAAAUACUUUGGUGGGUGUUUGUGGUUCCUGUGGUGAUGCUUGAUGUGAAGAUCUAUGGUCAGUGGUUUAUAAAAGGGAAGAGGUUUCUGUCAACUGUAGCAAAUCCAACAAAUCAGUUAUCUGUGAUUGGGAACUUGGUUGGAGCACAUGCUGCUGCACAAAUGGGUUGGAAGGAGAGUGCAAUAUUCAUGUUUUCUCUUGGUAUUGCACAUUACUUGGUGCUUUUUGUGACACUUUAUCAGAGAUUGCCAGGGAACAAUAACCUCCCUGCAAUGCUACGUCCAGUGUUCUUCUUGUUCUUUGCAGCACCAAGCAUGGCAAGUUUGGCUUGGGAUUCCAUUUGUGGCAAGUUUGACAGUGCAUCCAAGAUGCUGUUCUUCCUCUCACUCUUCCUUUUCAUGUCCCUGGUUUCAAGGCCUAUGCUAUUUAAGAAGUCGAUGAAGAAGUUCAAUGUGGCAUGGUGGGCUUAUUCUUUUCCUCUAACAACUCUGGCACUGGCUUCAACAGAGUAUGCACAAGAAGUUCAGGGAGCCGUGGCUCAUGUUAUUAUGUUAGUAUUAUCAUCGCUCUCAGUUUUGGUGUCUCUGAUCUUAAUGAUUAUCACUGCUCUCAACACUAGCAUGCACUUACCUGCGCACAACCUUGAUUCAAAACAGAAAAGCAAUUGUGCAGCAACAUGA